AUGGCGUUCAUGUUUCCAUCUUUUAUAUGUGAUCAUACCAUCAUAGCAAUUUCCCUUUUUUUGUUCUCUUUGGUAUGGAUAUCAAAAAGCUUGAAGAAAAACACAAUUAAUAACAGAGAACCCCCCAAAGCGGGUGGUGCAUGGCCAAUACUCGGCCACCUUCCCCUCCUAGGAGGGACUCAACCACCCCACAUAACCUUAGGGAACAUGGCUGACGAGUACGGUCCGUUCUUCACUAUCAAGCUUGGUGUGCACCGAGCUCUUGUUGUAAGCAGUUGGGAUGUGGCUAAGGAGUGUCUCACCACUAAUGAUAAAGCUCUUGCCGACCGCCCGAAAACUUUAGCCUUGGAGAUUAUGGGGUACAACUAUGUAAUGUUCGGGCUUAGCCCUUACAGUCCUUACUGGCGCCAGGUGCGAAAGAUGGCCACGCUGCACAUCCUCUCUAAAUACAAGUUGGAGUCACUCAGGAAAGUUCGAGAAUCGGAGGUAAAGGAGUCUACGAAGCUUUUAUUUGAUAUGUGCGAACGAAACAAAGGUGUCUCAAUUAAGGUCCCAGUGGACAUGAAAAGGUGGUUUGGAGACGUAACUCUAAAUCUGAUGUUGAGGAUGGUUGUGGGAAAGCGGUUUCCUGGGGCUACCACGGCGCAAGAGAAGGAAGAGAACGAAAGCUUCCGAAAGACGCUGAGGAACUUUUUUAAAUUAAUGGGUGAAUUUGUAGUCUCAGAUGUAGUUCCAUGGCUAAAGUGGUUGGAUUUGGGAGGUUAUGAGAAGGCCAUGAAGAAGACGGCUAAAGAACUCGAUGAUGUGGUUCAAGAAUGGUUAGAAGAGCAUAAGCAGAAAGGGAGUACUGAUCCUGUGCAGGACGUAAAUGGUGAGAAUGACUUCAUGGAUAUGAUGCUUAAGGUCAUUGAUGAUCAUGAUUGUAUACAAGAGUUUGGUUGUUCAGUUACUGCUGAUACAAUCGUCAAAUCUACAUGCCUGGCAGUUCUUCUAGCGGGAACAGAUACCAUAGCAGCUACAAUAAUCUGGGCUCUUUCUUUAUUACUCAACAAUCCUGAAGUCCUGAAGAAGGCGCAACUUGAGCUAGACAACCAUGUUGGUAAGGAAAGGCAGGUGAACGAAUCAGAUAUGAAGAACCUGAUCUAUCUACAAGCCAUUAUCAAGGAAACCUUGAGGCUAUACCCUUCUGGACCUCUCUCAGUACCCCAUGAGGCCAGAGAAGACUGCACAAUAGGUAACUAUCAUGUAAGCACAGGAACACGACUUAUUUUCAACAUUUCGAAGAUUCAGCGCGAUUCAAAUGUCUGGCUCGACCCUUAUCUAUUCGAACCAGAAAGGUUUCUUACGACUCACAAGAAUAUUGAUGUUAGGGGACAUAAUUUCGAAUUGAUGCCAUUUGGAACCCUAUUUGGAAGUGGUAGACGAAUGUGUCCAGGAAUCUCUCUAGCUCUUCAAGUGGCACAACUUACACUGGCUCAUUUGUUACAAGGUUUUGAUAUUACAGCUACAUCUGAUGAACCAGUUGAUAUGGGUGAGAGUGCAGGAAUAAUAAACAUGAAGGCAACCCCACUGGAGGUCCUUUUAACCCCACGCCUGCAUCCUACACUUUAUUGA